CUAAUAAAACUUGUGCACACAUCCAGUUGUGCUUUGCACUGUUGCUACCGGUCUUACAGCGCAAGCUCAGCGUGACAACAUGUGUUCAGGCCUCUCCAUUGUGCAGCCAAGCAUCUAUUCAGUUCUCCUGCUCUCUGGGGCUUCCCACUGCUGUCAGAUCAGUCCAGGCCAGAGUAAUCGCCCACCUGCUCUUUGAGCGGCCCGCAGGAGCUGGGAGAAAGCUGGCGUCUGUGCACGUACUGUGGGAGGAAGUUCUGCAGCAGGUGCUCUCACGCUUUCACUGAAUGUGGCUGCUGUGAGCGUGUUUUCCACUCAGCACGGGUGAGAGUCUGAGUGCGGGCGGGUGGACUCCCUCUGGGUUCGCUCUGCAAUGCCUGGCAAGCCUCUCAAGUUUCCACUGAAUAGUAACAAAAGCGACACACAGGGAAAAAGAGGAACACCAGGUCCCAGCCUGCCUCGGGAACAUGCUCGUCACUCCUCUUCAGGAAACAUUUCCCUGGUAACUCCGUCCAGCUACAGCCCAGCCACCAAGAUCACACUGGGAAUGGUCAACUCUAAUGUGGGAGCCCAGAUGAUUUUGAGCACCCCACAGAGAGUGUCUCAUCCCGGUCUCCUCAUCGGCAGCCCGUUCACGCCGCACACAACCCCGCUGGCCAUGGUUACUCCAGCGCACCCUCCGGAGGGCGACGAGUGGACCCCGGGAAACAAAAAAAGGACACAUGACUACAUUGAUUCCUAUUACUCGGACAGGGACAGACUGUGUUCGAGUGAUUCCUCGUCCAGUAAGAGAAUGAAGAGGGCAGAUAAGAACGGUAAAGGCCUCAGGCACUUCUCCAUGAAGGUGUGUGAGAAGGUACAAAAGAAAGGCACUACGUCCUACAACGAGGUGGCAGAUGAGCUGGUGACGGAGUUCACUCACGCCAGCAGCCUGAUGCCCACCGACUCGCAGGUGUACGACCAGAAGAACAUCCGUCGACGUGUGUACGACGCUCUCAACGUGUUGAUGGCCAUGAACAUCAUCUCCAAAGAGAAGAAGGAGAUCCGCUGGAUCGGCCUGCCCACUAACUCAGCCCAAGAGUGCCACAACUUAGAGCUGGAAAAACAGAAGCGUUUGGAAAGAAUCCGACAGAAAAGAGCCCAGCUAGAGGAGCUAAUAUUACAGCAGAUCGCCUUUAAGAAUCUGGUGCAGAGGAACCAGGCCAGCGAAGCCUCGUCCCAGUCCACUCCUCCUCCUCCGGGAUCUGUCAUUCAGCUUCCCUUCAUCAUCCUCAACACUGACGUCCGCACCGUCAUCGACUGCUCCAUCUCCAGCGAUAAGUGUGAAUACCUCUUUAACUUUGACAACACGUUUGAGAUCCAUGAUGACGUGGAGAUCCUGAAGCGGAUGGGCAUGUCUCUGGGGCUGGAGAACGGCACGUGCUCUCCAGAGAACCUCAGCGUGGCCAGAUCUCUGGUGCCCAAGUCUCUGGAAGCGUAUGUGACCAACAUGGCCACGAACUCCAGCAGGAAACCUCUGAGCCUCACGAGUCACAGCAGCACUGCCCCGUCACACACCUCCGAGUCCCGCGGCCAGACGCCCAGCUCCUUCAACGAGGAAGAGGACGAUGACGACGAAGACGACCCCUCGUCCCCAGAGUGAUCCCGAGCAGGAAACCCCACACAGGAAAUAAGCUGCCACUUACCAUAUUUUUAGCUUCCCCUCAUCAUCUCUUUCUUCCUCUUUCCCAGUUUGGCACAAGCGCCAGUUUGUCUUUGGUUCUGGGGGAGACGGGUUACUGUAUUUUUGUGGUGCUUUUUGGCUAGCGAGCCGUGGGUCGGGCCGUGGAGGAGAGUCAUCUCACUGUACUACUCUUCUCUGCUCCCUACCCAGAGAGACGUUCAAAUUCUUCCCAAAAAUGUAUUUAUUUCAGUCAUACUUGAAUAUGACUAUCUGUGUAGUCCAGUGGGCUAGUGCCACUUUAUUUUCUCCUCCGAGGGAUCGGAAAGCAACGUCCUGAUCUUACUGUUCACCGUCUGGAGGGAAUUUACAUCCAUGCAUUUACAAAACAAAAUAUGAAAAAAAAUUCUUUUUUUUUUAUAGCUCGAUUCAAUGUCAUUUUGUUGUGUUGUAUAGUUUAUUCCUGGUCAUUCAUCACAAUAGUUGAAGGAUAAUAAAAGAUGGAUGGUUGUAUCUGCUGUUCCGGGUUCAGAUAGCUGCCAGUCACUAUCUGAAUGUUGCAUGCUGGGAGAUGUAGUCUUGUUGUGAGGUUUUGUUCACACUGAGUGUGGCAGAUGGCCAUUUUAAACCAACUCAACCCAAUAGAACUAAUGAAUUUUGGUUUGCAAUGUAACUGUAUGUACUGUAUACAUAUAUAAACAUAUAAUUUUGGUUA